GGGGCCUGGAGAGCGCUAGCAGGGUAGGUUGGUGGGUCGCUGGUCUGUCGCGCGGUUUCCAUGUGGACGGGCGGUGAAGAUGGCGGGCGGCGACGGCGGCUUCUUCAUCAAGAGACAGCGGAGCCGAGGGGCGGCCCGGGACAGCGGCGAGGGCAGGGGGGGGAGCGGCGGCGGGAAGAGGAAGGCUGGAAAUGCAAAAGAUAAUGUCCGCAAGAAAUUCACCGCUAAAUUGAACGAAGAGAUUUCCAGUGACUCCGAGACAGAAAGUGGUGCGAAGAGAAGAAAGGAUGAGCAGGAAGAUGAAAUUGAAGAGACUGUACAGGAGAAGAAGCUGCGACUGGCCAAGGUCUACCUGGCACAACUCCAGCAGGAGGAAGAGGAGAAGGCAGAGGAACAGUUAGAGGGUGACCAGGUUGGGGGCAGGCUGGAGGAUGAAGUGCUUGAACAGAAAGGAAAACUUAAACGUCUUGUCGCCAGUGGUUAUCUACCCCCUGACCCGUCGGAGAUUCGACUGCUAAAAGGUCACCAACUUCCAAUCACGUGUCUGGUCAUAUCUGCAGAUGAUAAAUACAUAUUUUCGGGGUCCAAAGACUGUUCAAUCAUUAAGUGGGACGUUGCAAAUGGAAAGAAGCUUCACACAAUCCAGGGCGGCCGGAAAGGAACAGAAGAUAAACACGUUGGGCACACGGCUCACAUCCUCUGUAUGGCAAUCUCAUCCGAUAGCAAAUACCUGGCGGCAGGAGAUAGGAACAAGAUGAUUAUGAUCUGGGACCCCGCCACUUGUCAACAUGUUUACACCUUCAAAGGACAUAAAGAUGCUGUGUCAGGCUUGUCCUUCAGGAAAGGAACACAUCAGUUAUAUAGCGCCUCGCACGACCGUUCUGUCAAGGUGUGGAAUGUUGACCAGAAUGCUUACGUCGAAACCUUAUUCGGUCACCAGGAUGUUAUCACGGGGCUGGACUGCCUGAGCAGAGAAUGCUGUGUGACAGCUGGGGGCAGGGACCGCACUGUGCGUGUCUGGAAAAUCACAGAGGAGUCACAGCUGCUGUUCUAUGGUCACGAGAGUUCAGUUGACUGCAUACAGCUGAUAAAUGAAGAGUACAUGCUUUCUGGAGGUGACGAUGGUUCCCUUGCUCUCUGGACAGUCACUAAGAAGAAGCCCCUGAUGACUGUAAGGAAAGCCCAUGGUAUCCAUGGUGCCUCAGGGAUGGAGCAGCCAUAUUGGAUUUCCUCAGUGGCCGCACUGCUAAACAGUGAUUUGGUAGCUUCAGGUUCCCAUGAUUCGAGGAUCAGACUCUGGAAGUGUGGGGCCGGAUUUAAGAAAUUGGAGCCUCUGUUUGACAUCCCAAUGGCUGGUUUUGUGAAUUGUCUGAAGUUUUCCACUUCCGGUAACUUUUUGGUAUCCGGUGUGGGGCAGGAACACAGGUUAGGCCGUUGGUGGCGGAUCAAAGAGGCCAAGAAUGGAAUUUAUAUUAUACCCCUGAGAAAGAAAGAGCAAACUGACGUCACCAAAGAGCAAGUGACUGCGGUGUGAACAAUAAACCCUUUGUAAUUAAUCCUUUCCCCCCUGCAGGGAUUUCGAUGCUCUUUUUGGGAUAGAACACAAUAAAAAAAAUUGCUUGCGUUCACUUCA